CCUUACUGUUUUUUAUUGCUAAGCACACCAAUCACAAGAGAACUCCUCACCAAGUCACCAUUUCUCUCCAUAUCCCUUAUUUUUCUAUCCCUAUCAUUUAUUCUCCCCAUUUCGAUUAUUAUUUUAUUCAAUCUCCAUCAGGAUGCGUGUGUGACUUGUGAGAGAGAUAGAUUCCACAGCAAUUUGCUCCAUCUCCUCCUCCAAGCACAGGCCAAGAACUGCUCCCCUGAAAAGAUCGUAUUUUUCCUCGAUUCAGCUAGUUUCUGUCCGAGAAAUCGUCGCUGGAGAUCUCGGAGAAGCGAGAGGCUCGAGGUUUUUGCUGCAUUUGGCGUAGAAUCUGCCUCGGGAACGGGCAAAGGAGCGGCCUUUCGAGCUCCGAGGAGCAUUCUCUGAGAAGGCGAGAGGGGAGGCGGCGGCUCUGGCGCGCUCGGGGAGGGCGGUGAUGCCGGCGGUUGGGUCGGUUUGAGGACGACUCCACGUCUGUGGUCGUGAGGACGCCGGCGCCGGCGGGGAUGGAGUCCAGCGGGGAGGAGCUUCUGAAGAAGAUCCGGGAGCUGGAAGUUGGGCAGGCGCAGCUCAAGCAGGAGAUGUGCAAGCUCAAACCAGGUGUCGGGGAGCGGCGGCGUUCGCAGUCGGUGUCGCCGAGGCGCGGCGCGCCGGUGCCGCCGCCGCCGCCUGCCAAGGGGACGCCGCCGGUGAGGCGGUUGUCCGGGGGCUUCGAGGGCGGCCCGCGCGCGUGGGCCCGUGGGUCGGCGUCGUUCCGGCACGCGUCGCCGCUGCAGCGGGAGGGCCGCGCCACGGGCGCCGGAGACGCCGGCACCAGCUCCGGGCUGCCGGAGAGGCAGUACCCCAGGGUGCUGCAGGCGCUAGGGCAGUCCGUCUACAUUCUUGACCUCGACGGGAGGAUCAUAUACUGGAAUCGGUCUGCAGAGAAUCUGUUUGGUUAUCCUGCAUCGGAAGCCCUUGGUCAGGAUGCCCUCAUGCUUCUAGUUGAUUCGCGUGAGCACAAUGUGGUAAAUGACAUCUUCCGACGUAUUUCUAUGGGUGAGAGUUGGACUGGGAUGUUUCCAGUUAAGAACAGGGCAGGAGAUAGGUUUUCAGCUGUUGCCACCAACACACCUUUCUACGAUGAGGAUGGCAGUUUGGUGGGUAUCAUUUGUGUUUCAAGUGAUUCGCGCCACUUGGAGGAGAUAUUUUGUAGGCCUCCUACCUCUGCAAGGCCCCAAUCAGAAUUGUCUAGGACAAAUUGUGAUGGGAGUUGCAGCAACAACAGUCGCAAAACUAGUUUGUUGAACAGAAGUCCUUUUGAUCCUCAGCAACCCCUGCAAAGCACUUUAGCAUCCAAGAUAACGAACUUGGCUACCAAGGUCACAAAUAAAGUUCGUUCUCGGGUUAGGACAGACGAGAAUGGCAUGGAACGGGAAGGUGGCAGUGGUGAGAGUCAGUGCUUGGAUCGUGGUGCUAAGGAAGAGCCAACAUCGAGUGGAACAACUACGCCAAGAGGGGAUGCACCACGUGGCGCCUUUGCUAUGGAAGAGAACUCCCCUGGGAAAUCAACCAACACAAACAGCGAUGAAUCAGGAGAAGGAAAAGUAGGAUUACACAAGAUUUUGAGUUCAAAGGCAGAGGCACUGCUGACCAAGAAAGGGAUAUCAUGGCCUUGGAAAGGGCGGGAGAAUGAGGGACCUGAUGAACAAAAUCAUGUGAUCUUGCCAUGGUUGCAUGGUGAGCAAGAGAAUGGCCUGAAUCAUCAGAAGGUUUCUGAUUCUACCAUAGCUCCAGACAGCCAAGGUGCUGAACACAACCAACCUAGCAAAAAUGAGGCAUCAGGUUCCUCGUCCUCUUUCAACAAUAACAGCACAAGCAGUGCAAGCAGCACUGGAAGCACUAAUAGUAGUGCUCUCCACAAAGUAGAUCAUGAAGUGGACUGUCUGGAUUACGAGAUCCUGUGGGAAGACCUUGUCAUUGGAGAGCAAAUUGGUCAAGGAUCUUGUGGGACAGUAUAUCAUGCUUUGUGGUAUGGCUCGGAUGUGGCUGUUAAAGUAUUCUCCAAGCAAGAAUAUUCGGAAGAAGUGAUACAGGCCUUUCGACAAGAGGUAUCGCUUAUGAAGAAACUGCGCCAUCCUAAUAUACUGCUCUUCAUGGGUGCGGUUACAUCUCCACAAUGCCUCUGUAUCGUAACAGAGUUCCUCCCUCGUGGAAGUUUGUUUCGCUUACUUCAAAGGAGCACUACCAAGUUGGAUGUGAGACGGCGCGUUCACAUGGCUUUAAAUAUUGCAAGGGGCAUGAAUUAUCUUCACCAUUCCAGCCCACCUAUCAUUCAUCGAGAUUUAAAAUCAUCUAAUCUGUUGGUUGAUAAGAACUGGACUGUGAAGGUGGCUGACUUUGGUCUUUCACGUCUCAAGCGCGAAACUUUUCUGACAACAAAAACUGGAAAAGGAACACCACAAUGGAUGGCACCAGAAGUUUUGCGCAAUGAACCUUCAGAUGAGAAGUCUGAUGUAUAUAGUUAUGGGGUGAUCCUGUGGGAACUUGUCACUCAGAAGAUACCGUGGGAAAAUCUGAACUCAAUGCAGGUCAUUGGUGCUGUUGGUUUCAUGAACCAAAGGUUGGAUAUUCCGAGUGAUCUAGAUCCUCAAUGGACAUCAAUUAUCCUAAGCUGUUGGGAAAGUGACCCACAGCAACGCCCAUCGUUCCAAGAACUCAUGGAGAGGUUUCGAGAACUGCAAAGACAUUACGCCAUCCAGCAUCGAGGAGUGAAAACCGCAGCUCCCAGCGGUUGCUUACUAUAGCGAGAUGAUCCUGUCGGCAGUGCAGCGACGUGUUAAAUCCCGAGAAGGGUACACACCUCCUGUAUGGUUGCUCCCUGGGACAGCCAAGGCUGGAAAUCUGUACAGACGAGGUGCCAUCUGAUUUUCUUGAGUUCCUCCCCCAGGGCAGUUAUGACUGAAAUUCCUCCUGACAGCAAGGCUAGGGUGGUAACUGAGCCCAGGCUGGCGAUGCGCGGUGAACAUCUGAUCUGGAUUUAAGUUUCUGGCAAGGACAUGCUGCGUAGAUUGUUCUGACAACAGUGAUGUAUACCAGUGGUCGAUCAUGCGUGAACUGAAUCGAUGCUGUAAAAUCAGCAUUUUUGUUUCGCAUCA